AUGUCAAUGGCAGACAUACUGGACGAAUGGCACAAAGAGGCAUUGCAAAUCCAAACAUAUCUGAAUGAGUGCAUACAGCAAAUACCCAUCGACACCGAAACAUGGGUUCUGGCCAUACUGAUUCUCGCACUAUCCUCUGUCUUUCUCGGGGCGAUUUAUCUAGAUCUUGUCAUUUCCCCUGUCUUGAUUACAGCCAAUAAGGACACCAUACAGAUCAAGCAUAGAUUGGACAAGGACGGCAUACAACACUCAAUCUCCUUACGUGACUUCAUUGAACGUUUCGUGCCAUCUCUGGCUACAUCCAAAAAGGCAGUCUAUUUACCAACGCCAUACUUAUUUAAUGGUCAUUUGCAAACUAUCUAUGCUGCAUUGGUUGCUCAACCCAGAAAGGCUGGGAAAUCUGAUGAUGUCAAGUAUGAACGUGAUAUUGUUGAAAUGCCUGAUGGUGGUGUCAUUGCGCUGGACUGGUAUCCAACAUGUGCUGACUCGAUACCGAAAGAGACACCCAUUCUGUUUGUGACUCAUGGCCUCACUGGCGGAUCACACGAAACUUAUGUAUCAGAACUAGUUUCUGUCUUCUCGUCCGCACCGUACUACUAUCGAACAGUUGUUUGUAACUUUAGAGGGUGCGCUGGCUCCGAUGUUUUGACGCCGCAAUUAUAUUGUGCAGCAUAUACUGAUGACGUCAAGCACAUCGUCCAAACAAUCCAGUCACGAUUUCCAGACGCACCAAUGGUUGCGACGGGCUUUUCAUUAGGCGCAAAUGUGUUGUCGAAAUAUGUUGGAGAGACUGGUGAAGAUUGUCCCUUCCUUUCAGCAGUCAGUGUUGGCAACCCCUUGAACUUGGUGAUUGGAAGCGAAACAUUGGAAGGAGGAUGGUUCUCCCGCAAUGUGUAUUCAUAUCGCAUGGCAAUCGGUAAGGCAUUCCGUGAUGAUACGACCACCUUUGUCCUCACGGAAGUUCUCGUUGCAGGACUUGUGUCGCUUUUUCGACCGCAUAUGCACCUUUUCGAAGACCAUCCAGACAUUGAUCUGAAAGCCGUGUUAAGUUCUGGAAGCGUGAGAGAAUUUGACGCUCAGUUGACAGCCAAGUGCUUUGGAUUUUCAAGCGUGGAUGAGUAUUAUCGGUUAGGUUCAUCAUCAACAUAUGUUCCCAAAAUAAGUAUUCCUUGCUUAUUCAUCCAUGCGCUUGACGACCCAAUCGUCAAUCCAAAGGCUAUUCCAAGAGAAGAAAUCAUAAAGAACCCGUGCUGUUUAUUGGUGACUACAAAAUCAGGAGGUCAUCUUGGUUGGUUUGAAGGUACUUGGAGGCCCAAACGAUGGCAGACAAAACCGAUUGCGCAGUAUUUAAAUGCGAUCAUACAGGCACAUCGAUCACUCCCCUUGUCACAAAGACGCAAAAUCCCAUCUCCGAGGGUAUACGGCUUGGCCGCAGCACAUAUCUUGAACGACAGUCUACUAGAUCAUGUCCCUGCUCUCGCCGAACCAUUCAGCACAACAAAAUCAUCAUCACCAAAACAAUCGAACAAAGUCGUGGAAGGUAUCUUGUCGAAACCAACAACAAAUGGUGCUAUUGUACCCAAACCAAAAUCUGUGGUUGCCAAGACAUCGUCAAGGUUUCAUCCUUCGCUUUCUCAAGCAUUGUUACCAAAAGGCCCUUCGCUGCUCAUGACGUUGCUCAGACAACUUGGAGUUGUUGCUGUCGUGUUUGCUUUGAUGGGAUGGAUACGUCGUCGAUCAAAAUGGAUGUGA